UCUUUAGUCCCUUUAGGGGUGGAGUAAGACUUUCAACCUUUGAACCUGCAGGACAGCACAGAGACGUCCAGGUUACACAGGACACUGGUCAACAUGUGUCUUCUGUCUGUGUUAUAUCUGUUCCUGAGUCUCUACUGCUGUCCUUCAGCUGCAGUAUUUUUGGAGAAAGACGAAGCUCACGGAGUCUUGAGUCGCAUCAAACGGGCGAACUCGGGCUGGUUUGAGGAGCUGAAGACGGGUAAUCUGGAGAGGGAGUGUCUGGAGGAGAAAUGCUCCUUUGAGGAGGCGCGGGAGGUUUUUGAACACACGGAGGCUACAAACGAGUUCUGGAAAAACUACAAUGUUCAAGAUCACUGUAAAUCAAACCCAUGUGUAAACAACGGCCUCUGCACGAACCAGAACGCCGAUUUCUACACGUGUUUGUGUACGCCGGGAUUCAGUGGUCGUAACUGUGAGCAGGAAAUCAAAGCCGUUCCUGAUUCUUGUCUACAUGAUAAUGGCCACUGUGAGCACUUCUGUAUGGACGGAGACGAUCGGAGAAACUGUUCAUGUGCUGACGGAUAUUUCUUAGGAUCAAACGAACAGAGCUGUCUGACGCACGAAGCGUUUCCGUGUGGAAAGGUUCCACUCCUUCAGGGUGGUGGCAGUGCUACAGACGUUCAGGACGACACAAGAUCUCGUAUCGUCGGUGGAACCGAAUGUCCAAAAGGUCACUGUCCGUGGCAGGUGUUACUGAAGUACGGUGAGAAGGGUUUCUGUGGUGGUGUGAUCUUUAAACCCACCUGGAUUCUCACAGCUGCUCACUGUCUGGAUAAACUCAAAGUCAAGUUUCUCAAGAUAGUCGCAGGAGAGCAUGACAUCGAGGUUGAGGAGGGCACCGAACAGGUCAUUCAGGUUAAGGAGAUCAUCAUGCACCCCAAAUACGUUUCAGAGACUGCUGACAGUGAUAUCGCAUUACUGCGUCUGCACAACCCCAUCACCUACAGCACAUACGCCGUCCCAGUUUGUCUGCCUCUACGAGACAUGGCCGAGCGCGAGCUGUGGGCCGUUAACAUGCACGUGGUCAGCGGUUGGGGGAAACGCAGCGAGGGCGGACCUACCUCACGAGUACUGCGUCGUCUGAAGGUUCCCCGUAUUCGCACACAGGAGUGUAUCGAGAAAAGCAACGUGUCGCUCACCAAUAACAUGUUCUGUGCCGGUUACAUCGAGGGUAAAAAGGACUCGUGUAAAGGGGACAGUGGAGGUCCGCUGGUGACCCAAUAUAGAAACACUACAUUUCUGUUGGGCAUUGUGAGUUGGGGUAAAGGAUGUGCCCGCCCGGGCUCUUAUGGUAUUUAUACACGUAUCUCCAACUAUCUGCAAUGGAUCCAUGAACAUACUGGGAUCGAGCUUCAAAAGCAAAACAAAUUGUUUCUGGCUAAAGAUGACGCCAGCUCGCUCCUACAGCGCGUCAGGCGCGCCAACUCCGGCUUCUUUGAGGAGAUGAAGGGCGGGAAUCUCGAGCGCGAGUGCCUUGAAGAAGUCUGUGACUAUGAGGAAGCGCGCGAGGUGUUCGAGGACGAAACGAGGACGAAGCAGUUUUGGUUGAGUUAUUCUGCAAAGAAGCCAUGCUUGACCAAUCCAUGCAAGAACAACGGCACAUGCAUCUAUCUGGACGACAGGUAUUACUGUCUGUGUAUGGAGGGCUUUGAGGGCAAAUACUGUGAAAAGGGGUUUGAGGAGACACUGAAGUGUCAGUAUGUUAAUGGAGGUUGUGAGCAGUUCUGUGACGGUUCCGGUCCGAGGCGUAAGUGCAGCUGUGCCGUAGGUUACGCUCUGGCAGCCGACGGGACGUCUUGUGUUGCUCAAGUGGAACAUCCGUGUGGAAAGGUGCCGCUUCAGAACAACACCAUUUAUUCUCAUAAACAGUUUGCAGGUGGAUUUCACUGUCCACGCGGUCACUGUCCUUGGCAGGUGUUGAUAAAUUAUAAUGGUGAGAAUCUGUGCGGUGGUGCUCUUCUGGAGGACCGUUGGGUCAUAACAGCCGCUCAUUGUGUUGAUAAGAGAGAUAUGAAGCAUAUGAAGGUUGUUACAGGUGAUCACGACCUGGAUGUGUCGGACGGCUCAGAAGAGGCACAUGAUGUCACUCUAAAAGUUAUCCAUGAGAACUACGACUCGGUCUCACUGGACAACGAUUUGGCCCUCCUGCAACUAAGUAAAAAACCAGAACUCUCUGCUUACGCCGUGCCCGUUUGUCUGCCGACGCCACAGCUGGCACAGAGCGAACUCGCCGCUGUCCGUUUUCACAGCGUCAGCGGGUGGGGCAAACGCACUUUAGGAGGCAACAGCCAUCCAUCGAAAGGUCUCAAAGCCCCAUCCAGUCCCAUCCUGCAGAGGCUGGCCGUCCCUGUGUUGUCUCCAAGCGAGUGUGCGCUAAAGAGUGGCCUGAACAUCACUGCAAACAUCUUCUGUGCUGGUUAUCUUGAAGGCAGUCAUGAAUCCUGCAGAGGAAACGACGGCAGUCCACUCGUCACACAGUACCACGGCACGGCUUUCCUGACGGGGAUUGUGACGUGGGGUAAAGGCUGUAAUCAGCCCGGGUAUUACAGCAUUUACACUAAAGUGUCAAACUUCUUGAAAUGGAUUGAUGUGUCUAUGAAAACCCCGAUGGAUCAGUUGAGUGAUAUCGUGCGGGGUCCAGCUGCGUCUGGAGCGCCUAUUGAACAAUCCAUUCAGAAAUAAUUCAGUCUUCCCAACAUGUUUGUCUCAUUACUGACAGAAAAAUAAACAGUUAUGAAAGCAA